AUGCCGAGUCUUGGGCGAAAUGGUGGGGUCUACCAAGAGGUUCCUGACACUGUCUAUCCCGGCUCUACACCAGGUGUGAUUUGGCAUCGUGACCCAGCGACGCCUUGCACGGCCCUUCCUCCGCCUACUGUGGCCUCGCGUUCUGAUGGGUCCGUCACGACCAAGGCGUAUCAGUGGCGGAUUGGCGAGCUAGAGGAGGGUGACAAGGUGGAGUAUUUCAGCAACACCCAGAAGAAGUACAUCGCGGCUCAGGUCCAGGCAGUCACCGUAGGGCAGGAUGGCUUUAUUGCUUCUGUUGACCUGGACUGCAAGAAGCGUGCCAAGCCGGGCCAGAUUCGGCAAGUGCCGCCGAAGGUGAAGGAGUGCACGUGGAAAGUGGGUGAGAACGUGCAGUACUGGAGUGCAUCGCACGGACAGUGGAUGGCUGCUGUGGUGCAGAAGAUUCGAGAGGAUGCCUUCAUCGACCUUGACAUCAAGAAUGGAGCUCGUCCUGAGCGCAUACGAGCGAUGCAGGAGAACGGUCUUCACGAUGCUCCUCCCAACGUCAAACCGCGAGCUUCGCGAAAGAGUGAAGUUCGCAUGCCGUCCAUCGUGGCCACCAGUCCGCCCAUAGGGAAUGGAAAGCCACCGACCCCCCCACCAGAAGGGAGGCCUCCGGAGGAAGUCGGAGCAGUGGCGGGGCAGCCGGAAGGGAAGCCCAUGCACUGCUUUGACAGCGGGCGUGGUCCAGUUGUCCCACAAGAAGGGAAUGAGUCUGUCACCGCUGUCUCACGUUCACCCUCAGCUGCUAUGACGGCAAUGACCAGCGCUUCUGCUGACUCGUCACCCGUUGCUGGCAGCAGUGUGGCCAGCAGCAGUACGGUGUACAGGAACCUCCCAGCUGAAAAGUUGUUCCUGGGCACUGGCUUGGAGAAUGUCAUCCGAAGGAAGCCCAAGCGAGGCUCCGACAGUGUUUUCAUCUCCGGGCCACUGGCAGGUGGAGAGAUCAGGUUUUCCGGUGAGUUCGAUGCUGCAAGUGAAGAGGUUCGACAGCAGCUUCUUUCUGUCCUCGGCUUCAGUGCCAGAUCAAAGGUGGAGAAGAUGCUUGGCUUUAGCGGAGGUCUCAACCAUGGCAUUUGGUUCCUUUCUGGGACCUGUGGUGAGGUUGGAAGCGACUACGAGGAACUGGUGCUGAAGCUGGUUCGGUGUCAUCGCAUCGCCGACAAUGUUCCCACAGAAGCCGAGAACCUUGUGAAGGUUCACCGCGAGCACUCAAGCAUUAGUAAGGAUGAGAUCCUCGCCUUUCCCAUCAAAAUCUUCAGCUGUUUCGAUGGGCCCACGAAGAAGCACGAUCUUAUUGUGAUGCGAAAGGUCCCCGGAGAGCGACUUGCCGAAGUCAUUUGCCGGAAGUUCUACAACAACCAGUUGGCUUUGCUGGAUGCCAUUUUCGAGAACCUCGGUGCAACUCUGGCUUCGUUCCACGAGCGCUACGGCAAACAGCAUGGGGACUUUCAGCCAUCAAAUAUCUUCUACGACGAUGCCACGGACGAUAUUUACUUUAUUGAUAUCGGCGGCAUGGGACUCCCCACGUCGGACACCGAUGUGGAGCAUUUCCGAGGAGCGAUGACCCUUCUGGCGGGCGCCUACAGCCCGACGCUGCACGAAGAGCUUGCCGAAGCCUUUCAAAGAGGCUAUGGCCCUGCCUGA